CAUUGACAAUAUUCGGUGAGGCGUUAGUGAUGAAGUGGGUAGUGUUGUGCGUCUAAUAAUGGACUCCGGACAAACAUGGCGGCAGUUUGCGAUCGCCUCAAUCGCAAACUUACUCCUCGUAGCCAUUGGUUACACGAUGGGUUGGACAGCUCCAAUCAACGGGAAACUGCAGUCUGAUGAGGAGAGCCCCCUGGACAGACCAGUCACUGUGGACGAGGAAGCAUGGAUCGGAUCGCUGCUUACAAUUGGAGCAAUAUUCGGACCAUUCAUCGUAGGCUACUUGGCAUCCAGGAUCGGUCGUAAAUGGACGAUGUUAGCCUCAUCGCUCCCUCUCUUCAUCGGGUGGGUGCUGCUCGCGGCGGCUAAAGACGUGGCGCUCCUCUACGCGGGCAGGGUGUUCUGCGGGGUCACUAUGGGCAUGGGGUUCACUAUAGUGCCCCUGUACUGCGCUGAAAUUGCUUCGGAUGAGUACCGCGGCGCUCUCGGUGCUCUCCUCCAGGUGCUUCUGACGAUAGGCUAUCUGCUGGUGUACGGCAUCGGGCCCUUCGUCUCCUACAGCGUGGUGAUCUACGUGGGCACAGCCUGCACCGUAGCCUUUGCUAUUGUGAUAUACUUCAUGCCGGAGUCACCUUUCUAUUAUCUAGGGAAAGGGGAUAAGGAUUCAGCAGCCAGCUGCCUCGCGACGAUCCGCGGCAAAACGGAAGCAGGAGUCAUGACUGAACUUGAUGCAAUGGCUUCCGAUGUCACCGCUUCCAUGGAAAAGACUGCCAGGAUGACAGAUUUGUUUCGUGGAAACAACUUCAAGGCUUUCUACAUCUCGAUGGCGCUGAUCUUCUUCCAGCAGUUGAGUGGCAUCAACGCUGUUCUCUUCUACUUGACUGAUAUCUUCGAGGCAGCUGGGUCAGCUCUCGAUGCUUCUAUUUCCACUAUCAUUAUUGGAGCCGUUCAGUUGGGAGCAUCCUGUGUUAUUCCGUUAGCCGCCGACCGGUUGGGGCGUAAGAUACUCUUGAUGAUCUCAUCAGCGGGAACUGCUGUUGGUCUUUUUCUUCUAGGCGCAUACUUCGUAUUAGCUGACAAUGGGAACCCAGUAGCCGAGCAAAUAGGUUGGUUGCCGGUCGUGGCGCUGAUGGUGUUCAUCAUAACCUUCUGCUGGGGCCUGGGGUCACUGCCCUGGGCCGUCAUGGCUGAGCUGUUCCCUAUAGAGGUCAAGGUCAUCGCCAUGCCUGUGGUCAACAUUUUCUGCUGGAUUCUAGCGUUUUUGAUUACGAGAUAUUUCAGCGCUCUCGCCGCGGCCACAGGCAUGGGCGUGACAUUCUUCAUCUUCGGGGCUUGUUGCCUGGCAUCCUUCUUCUUCACGCUGUUCCUGAUCCCCGAGACAAAGGGCAAGAGCUUCCAAGAAAUACAGGAUUUGCUGUCCGGCAACUCACCAAAAAAGACCCCAACUUGGAAGUAAAAGUAAAAAAGUGUUGAAAGCAGAUGAAAUACUUGUAUACAUUAAAUUGAAGAUGCGUCUGAGUGGAUUUCAAAUUGGGCGCCAUCUUGUGUAAGAAUACUUGAUGAUGAGUUUAUUUAAGCAUAGAUACUAUUUAUUACGUACUAGUCAGAUAUAAAUUAAUUAAAAGUUCUGAAUAAGUGUUAUUUUAUUAAAUCAUGUAUUGUGUAAUGAUGUAGGUAACAGUUAAUAAAGAUAUGAGAAAGUCA